CUCGUCGCCCUUUCAGACGGUGCUUCCUUUUGUUUCUCGAAAAACAACCUUUUUUUCCGAUUGUUUUUUUUUGUUGAAUUUUAAGGUUUUUAAUCGAAAAAAAGAAUGGGGUUUGUUUCUUUCGUCGGAAGAGUGCUUUUCGCUUCGAUAUUUCUCCUCUCUGCUUGGCAAGAGUUCAAUGAAUUUGGAGUUGAUGGAGGGCCAGCAGCAAAGGUAUUGAAACCAAAAUUUAAUGUCUUCGCAAAGACUGUGUCAGCUCAUACAGGGGUGCAAGUGUCAAAAUUCGAUAUUAAGUAUCUAGUUGCUGCUUCUGUGGCCUUUAAAGGUGUCGGGGGCAUCCUUUUCACGUUUGGCAGCAGUAUCGGAGCUUAUCUCCUGGUUCUGCAGCAGCUCAUUUUUACUCCUAUAUUGUAUGACUUCUACAACUAUGACACAGAAAAGAAAGAAUUUGGCAUACUUUUCACCAAAUUCACACAGAACUUGGCGCUGUUAGGGGCGUUAUUCUUCUUUAUUGGCAUGAAGAACUCGAUCCCUAGGAGACAACACAAGAAAAGGCUCCAAAAACAAAGACAUUUUGAAGAGGAACAUCUAGUUUUUUGUUCGAUCUCUGUCUACCUUGGUGAACCCACAUAUCUAUUUAUAUAAAUGCGCUUGUAUCAUGGCUUUGAUAUGUCAAGAUUAGGGGAAAAGAGCAUAUUACUUGGCCGGUUCGAUACCGUUAACUACGAAGUUUUCUAUUUAGUUUUCAGAAAGGGUUUGAUAAUUUUGCUUAUAAAUCUGCAGCAUCUUUUGGUUUUGCUUCAAUCCUGGAUUUAUAUUGCCUGUUUAUGUUAAUGUAUGAGAGAGAUACUGAGUUAACUUUGGGGUCAUUUUGAAGCCCUGAAUCACUUUCCGUGAGUCAACUUACGAUUGAGAACACGAAAACCGUUCUCUA